AGGCUGCGCCCGGGGAUGGGCGGCGCAGGGGCGCCCCCGGGCUGCCUGAUCCCCGGGAAAAGCCGGGCUGUGCAGGGGGCGCCCCGCCGCUCCGUACCCCAGGGCGAGUCUGGGCAGCUCACAGCUACUCGGUCUCCUAGCGACCCGAGUGGCCGGGAACACACACCACCCAAGGCGAGGCUGGCAGCCAGGCCCACCAUGGCUGACCACAGGCGGCUGCUCCGGCCAGCGGCACUGGACCGGGCGCCGGGAGGCAUGAACCGCAGGCCCCGGUACAAAGAGACUCUGCCUUCUGAGUGUUUCACAAAACACAAGCACAGGCUGAUGCUCCCCACCACCCUGAACAGCCGGCGGUGGAUAUUUGUGAGAAAGGGACUGGAUGACUUCAGGAAAGGCUGCCUGCCUUGCGAAGGUCUGAUCACUCAGGGCCCUCAGGAGGGCUUGCUCCCCCAGAUUUAUCACAGAGCUCCCCGACCUGCCCCCAAGAAGAGGCGGAACAAGCUGCCCAAGGAAGCCGCCCUGUUGUCCAAGCUCUCGCCAGCCCAGCGGGCACGGAAGGCCUUCCUGGCAGACGUUGAAGCCCAGCUGACCCCCCACCCCUUGGCUCUCUACCCGAAUCUGGGAGAAGAUCUGCCUGUAGAGCUCUUAUUAAAGGUGCUGGAAGUGCUGGAUCCUGACAGGAAGUUGGAGGACGCCUGGGCUUAUUGUCAGGGCAUCAGGAAAAGAGUGAAGGAACCCACAAAACUUUUAAAAAAACGCUCCACCCAAGUCUAUGUGGGACCUCCCAGGAAGAUGCCUGUGUCAUAUGCAGGCCAAUGGCAUUAUGAAGAAAAGAAGCCAAAUGAAGCAGAUUUGCUCCAUGAAGAUGGUCCUGUUCUUCAUGAAAAUGUACGCAGAGGAGUUAGUGACUUCUGCAACUGGGCUACGACUUUUGGAAGUUCGAACAUUGAUGAAGAGUUUGUCCUGAGACAGUUUGACGUUGACUAUCAGAGCAAACCCAGCUACGACGAGCUCCACGCGAUGAGACUCAGCCGGGUUCCCCUGGAGCUAAAGAAGAGUGUGGGGCUAGACAAACUGCAGGAGGCACACAUUUUCCAGAAACUAGGCUAUGAGCAGAAACUCCAGAAACCUCAGAAUCCUUAUAAACCAAAAAGGGUGAAGAUGAGGUAUGGAGCGUGGUAUCUGAACACCAAGUUGUGGAAAAAGCAAAGAGCAGAUGAACCUUUGGUUGACCCCAAGGUCUCACAUAAAGGUCAAGAUGAGAAUUUUAAAAAGGAGCUGCAGGAACAGUACCCAAUGAAGAGAAGAUACUCAUGGUAGUCCCGGAAAUUUGGAAAUAUUGACGCAACACUUGCACAGGACUCUGAAGAGAAUAUCGGUGGGCCUCUUCUCUUUUUCAACAGAUCCCAAACUUCUCCCAGAUAACGACAUCAAAAUACUUCAAAAAAGUAAAAUGCAGGGCCAGCCCGGGUGGCUCAGUGGUUAAGUUCAGCAUGCUCUGCUUCGGUGGCCUGGGUUUUAUUUGCAGGCACAGACCUUUACCACUUGUUUGUAGGCAGCAGCUCACGUGAAAAAGAAAAAGAGAGGAAGAUUGGCAACAGAUGUUAGCUCAGGAUGAAUCUUCCUCAGCAAAAACAAAAGAAAACGAAAAAAAGUAAAAUGCUUUACAAAUGUGUCUACUCAUUCACUCAGAAACCACUCAUUAAUUGCCUCUGGAAAUUAGACUGGAAAACUGAGACAGAAAGGAUGGUCAUUUUUAUCUAUUCUACUACCGGGUAUGAAAUUCUUAUUUUCAGAUGUGAGACAUGACACAAAUUUGUGAGUACAAGAUGCCUAUAUAUAAGCCUCAAAAUAAUGUCAAUAAUACUCAGCAGAAUUUCUUGGUGUAUAGUUUUAGGGGCUGCCUAUCUAAAUUUAUGUGAAUUUAAUACAUAAGAAACUAUUCCAGUUGCAUUUUAAAAAA